AUGGGCCUGCUCUACUACGUCAGCUAUGUGGCUAUAGUCGCUGCCUUCGCCUUUGUUACACUCUCCCUAGCAAGCGGAUUACUCUACGUAUCUGAAUUAAUCGAGGAGUAUUCACGUAUAGCCAAAACAGUGGGUCAGAGAAGUAUAUAUGUGAUAAUGGCCUUGCAUGUUGUGUUUUACUUCACGGAUUCCUUACCACUUCUUCAAACUCUAUUCUCCCUAACAUGCCACAUUGUAUACCUGCAAAAUUUUUCCAGCUCUUGGCCACUUAUCUCUCUCACCUCCCUGUCAUUCCUUGCAUCAUGCGCUCUUGUCAUUGCCGACCAUUUCAUCUGGUUCUUCUACUUUGCGCGCAUCACAAAUGAAGCAAGGCACGUUAGGGCGCACCGUAGCAAAAUACGCGAAGCGCCUGGCUUUACCGAAAUAGCGACAUUCUUUGCAAUAUGUGUUUGGUACACCCCGUUAUUCUUGUUCCUAAGUCUUAGUGCCAAUGAUAACGCGCUGCCGACAACUGCUGGUUUCCUUAUUCCUUACCAGCAGAACCCUCGUCCCCCACUUCUGGAUCUUCCACUCACAUUCAACCCUCUCGAAUUUCCUUGA